UAAAGUGGGAAUUCUCACACAAACAAAGUGAGGUACUGUCACUUUAACAAGGUGAGGUCUGGGCGUGGCCUAUCCGCGGCUGCGUUUCCGGAUGUGCACGUUUUUGUCAACAGCGCUCGUCCUUCAGGUGAGAUUCUGGCUCAUCAUGUCAGACUGGUCACCGGGGUUCCGGUCUGUUCUGUGAUGGGAGAACCGGGCCCGCGUGUCACCGGCAGGUAGUCGCAGGUGGACCCGUCCGACCGGUUCAGUUGUUGCUCUGAUGUGGGAACGUUAAGAUGAACGCGGCGACGGUCGUGGCGCUUCUGCAUCUCUGCUUCACCGCGACAGCGGCGCUUUCGCGGGAAGAUUCCUCCCCAACGAAGAUCAGAGCCGAACCGGGGGACACCGUGGAACUAACGUGUUGCCCCGUGGGGGUAACCCCGUCGUCCGCCACAUGGAGUAAAAACGGAACAGAAAUCCGCUUUCCCAGUCCGUCCCGCAUGUCCCUCCUUGCUGAAGGGACCCUGGAAAUCAGCCAGGUGACACUUGAGGAUGCGGGCAUCUACCUGUGCACGUGCACGCUCCCGCGGGAAAGCUCCCAGACUCAGGUGCUGCUUCAGGUGGGAAGGGUCCCGCCCACACAUCCAGACUGCUCGUUGGCGCCGUCCUCCGACCCCACCCACGCCGUGUUCAACUGCUCCUGGUUCGGAGUGCUCCCCCUCCCGACGCUGAGCUGGAGCAGGACAGGCUCCGCCCAGGUGACGGCGAGCGUGACGGACAGCCUGUUCCUGACCCUGAACGCAUCGCAGCUGUCCGAUGGGGAGACGGCGACGUGCACGGCCCAACACGAUCUGCUCAAACCAGAGCAGAGGUCCUGCUCGCUGACCCUCAGAUCACCGUACCCUCAGGGUGAACCUUUGGCGGCGACGCUGGAGGGUUCCAGCAUCAACCUCACCUGCACUGAGACCUCCUCCUUUCCUGCCGCCGACACCACCUGGAGGAAAGGCCCUCAGCAGGAGCUCAUCCAACCCGGAUCCAAGUACGUCCUCUCAGGGACCGGCCCCAGUUUCCAGCUGACCAUCCUCAACGUCAGCAAAGACGACGAAGGCGUCUACUUCUGCCGCAGUGAGAACCCGCUCGGCGUCCGUGAGCUGGAGGUCAGCCUGACGGUGAAAGCGGCGAACUCGGCGUACACGGGAGCGAUCAUCGGCGUCUUCAUAGCCGUGCUGAUCCUGGGCUCGGUUGGCAUCGUGGCAAAGAUGGUUUACUUUAACCGACACCGGUUCUGCCUGGAUGGAGGCUUCACACAAAUGGAAGAGAACGGGGGCGAAGUUCUGAGUCUGGUGGACUCGGACGACGAGCAGUUCUUCCAGGACGCUGUUCCACAGCUGCCACCGAUCAGCAACGAUCACCACACAACGCUGGUUCAGAUACAUCGUAUUCCAUCCACCGAACAGGACGAUGUAGAAAAGAACGACGCGAAAACACAGCCGCCGGAAGACACGGAGGAGAACACAGAAGAGGUGGAGGAUCUUGUAGUAUUUUAGUUUUGGGUUUUUUGGUUUUUUUUAGACGUUUUUCUCCCAAUAAGAAUGUGAAGUGGGUCGAUGGAAAACAAACUCUUAUAAUUUGUUACCUUUUUUUUCUUUUUUUAACCACCAUUUUGCUUUUUUAUGAUUUGUUUGUACAGCUUUUUAAAUGUGUGAGUCGCACAAUAAAAUGUAUACCUGUGGAAACGAUCAAAAAAAGCUCUUUUAUUGGGGUGUGUUUUGUACCUUUGUGUAUUGUUGGGUUUCCACUGAAAAUUAAAAAUCAACAAAAAUCA